CUUCCAGAUUCCGGAGUUUAAAGUCUCUGAUCCUGAUAGACAAACAGAAAAGUCUUGGGCCGAAUGGCGUUUUGCGUGCUGUAAACUCUGUUUAAUUCGCUCCCCAAGUCUGCAGCUGUCCGUCAAUGUCAGACAGGUUCAGUACAUUCUACAGAGAAUAAUCAUAGUUAAUAAUAGCGGGCUAGUGAGGGGCUCUGAGCUCAUUCCCAAAUUAGAACACUCCCAGAACAAAACUCGCCCGUAAUGCUGCUCCGCCUUGGAUUCGGAGCGAAUUUGCUGAGAAGUAUGUCGCAGGAGCCGCAGAUUGUGAAGAAGAAACGGCCGCCAAUGAAAGAGGAAGAUAUCAAAGGAGCUCGGAACAAACUGACCAGCAAACAGGCAGUCAAAUCCAAAACCUACCAGGUUAUGCGACAAUGUGAACAGGAAGGUAUGGUCGCUCCCUCUGUCUUUAGCGCUGCAAGAACAGGACAAGAGACCGUGUUCACAAAGGGCACUGAGGAUCAACCAAAAAGCAUUUUCCAGAAAUGAUGAAAAUUCAGCAUUACAGCUGGAAGUUCUGGCCGAGUUGUAACAAGCAGCUUCAUUUACAGAGGAACUGUUAAAUGCCUAGUCCUAAAGUGUUGCUCAUUUAUGAGGAUAUGCAAUUUAUUUUUUAUGAUUAAAACAAAGCUGCAAUAAUACUGACCCCACCCAAAUAUAUUCAGUUACAAUUCUGGAUCAGACUGAUGCAUUAUUACACAAUUCAUAAUUUUGAAAUAAAUAGCCCUGCGGACUUAUGACCUUCUUGCACUUGUAAUUUUUCACAGAAUGUAGAUAUGCACUCAGUUUCUGUGUCACUAAUGCACACACUCACUUGGAUAUACACUUAUACUCACUGUCUCCCAUAAACAGACAAACAACAUAACACCAAACAAUCAAUCAUUCACCAUAACAAGUAGAUGAUCAAAGAAUUAUUUUCCAUCCUCUCUGACACAAAAUCCCACAAAUACGUAUAAAAUAUUGUGUUGAGGUGACGCAGCUCAGCACAUUGCAAAUAUCAGCCUCCCCUCCAUAGACUCUGUCUACACACUUCUCACUGCCUCAGUGAUGCAGGCAGAAUAAUCAAAGACCCCAUCCACCCUGGACAAUGUUGCUAUUCCCCUCUCACAUCAGGUGGUAGAUACAAAAGUCUGAAAGCUGUUAUGAGACUUUUGAAUGGAUUUCCAGUACGAUAAGGUGGACUCGGUCUCAACUCUAUUAUUUCCCUGUGCACUGCACUUUCCCUGAUGAUUUUACACUUUAUUCAUGUUGUUACUGUUGUACCAUUGUUCGAUCUCAAUGCAGUGUAAUGAUUUGGGUUAGGGUUAGCACAUCAACCUUCAGCACGUCGAAGAAUCAUCCACCUCGGACUCCGACCCCAACUUGCACCACGGCCCCCUGUACAUGGGCACCAGCCCCCGGUGGACCAUGAACUUUCUCUCUCCAGACUCUGACCACAGAUUUGACGCCCUGCGGGCUAAAAGCUCCGGAAACCCCAGCUCCGGGUCCGGCUCAGACCAGGAUCCUAUGGCCGGGACCAUUGGUGCUGCCGCAGUGUCCUGCCGCCCGUCCUAUUCCCCUGAUACCUCCUAUACUGGUUGUGGCUCCCAGCCUUCCCUUCAUCCCUCAUCCCUUCUCCAUCCCUCCGAUCCCUCAUCCUCCCCUCUGCCCGCUCUCCCUGAACAUCCGAACAACCCUCCUCCCCACUCCUUACCCUCCCCUUAACCCCAGUCCCAACCCUCCCCUCUGACCUUCCCCUAUCUGAGGCAGAACGCUCUGUCCUCAGUAAGGGCCUCACUUUUGUCCCCCUCCGCCCCCAUCUCAGUGAGUUCCGUGCCCGCCAUGAUGCUGAACUCUUCUUCCUACGUCUCCGAGCCUACUACUUCAACAAGGAUUUCCCCCCUCCCCCCAGUGAUGACACAUUCUCCCGUCUUCUACACUCCUCCUCCCCCUGGGCAACCCCAUCGGGCCUUCUACCUGCUCUCGACCUUUUCAUCUCUGUCGCCGAGACAUCAACUGUCUCAACUUCACCACCCCUCUCUCCUAUUCUAACCUCACUCCCUCUGAACUCACUGCCCUCCAUUCUCUCUGUACCAACCCCAACCUCACCAUCAAACUUGCAGACAAAGGUGGUGCCGUAGUAGUCUGGCGGACUCUACCUCACUGAGGCCAAACAGCAGCUCUCCGACACCUCCUCGUACUUACCCCUGCCACAGGACCCCACCUAAAAACAUCAAUCCACUGUCUCCCGCACCACCUCCACCCUCAUCAACUCCAGACACCUUCCUCCCUCAGCAAAAAAUCUCAUAAUUCCCACACCCCGCACAGCUUGUUUUUACCUCCUCCCCAAGAUCCACAAGCCUGACUGUCCCAGCAGACCCAUAGUUUCAGCCUGCUCCUGCCCCACAGAACUUGUGCCUGCCUACCUGGACUCCAUUUUAUCCCCCAUAGUUCAGUCUCUCCCCACCUACAUCCAGGAUACAUCCCAUGCCCUUCACCUCUUCAAUAACUUCCAAUUCCCCGGCCCUGACCGCUUCAUUUUUACCAUGGAUGUUCAAUCCUUAUACACCUCCAUGCCCCAUUGAGAAGGCCUCAAAGCCCUCUGCUACUUUUUGGGUAACAGACCCCACCAGUUCUCCAGCACCACCACACUCCUCCGGCUGGCGGAGCUUGUUCUAACUCCCAAUAACUUCUCCUUUGGUUCUUCCCACUUUCUCCAGAUCAUGGGCAUAGCCAUGGGCACUCGCAUGGGCCCCGGCUAUGCCUGCCUCUUUGUGGGUUAUGUGGAACAGUCUAUGCUCCAAAUCUAUACUGGCACCAUUCCCCAACUUAUCCUCCGCUACACUGAUGACUACAUAGGUGCAGCUUCCUUGCACCCAUGCUGAGUUCAUCAAUUUCAUCAACUUUCACCCAGCCCUUAAAUUUACUUGGUCCAUCUCGGAUACUUCUCUCUCCUUUCUUGAUCUCUUUGUCUCGAUGACAGACUAUCCACUGACAUCUUCUACAAACCCACUGACUCCCAUAACUAUCUUGACUAUACCUCUUCUCACCUUGCCCAAUGUAAAAAUGCCAUUCCCUAUUCCCAGUACCUCCGUCUCCGCCGCAUCUGCUCCCAGGAUGAGGCUUUCCAUUCCAGGACUUCUCAAAUGUCCUCUUUCUUUCAGGAUCGUGGUUUCCCUUCUGGCGUCAUCAAAGAUGCCCUCACCCGCAUCUCCUCCACUUCAGCCCUUAACCCAUCCUCCCGUCACCACAACAGGGACAGGGUUCCCCUUGUCCUCACCUACCACCCCACCAGCCUCCGGAUCCAACACAUUAUCCUCCGCAACUUCUGCCACCUUCAACAGGACCCCACCAUCCAGCACAUCUUUCCCUCCCUACCCCUCUCAGCUUUUCACAGGGAUCGUUCCCUCCGCGACUACCUGGUCCACACGUCCCUCCCCACAGAACUCCCACCUGGCACUUAUCCCUGCAAGCGCAAAUACUACACCUGUCCUCACCCCCCCCCCCCUUACCACCAUUCCGGGCCCCAGACAGUCCUUCCAGGUGAGGCAACACUUCACCUGCGAGUCUGUUGGAGUCGUCUAUUGCAUCCGGUGCUCCCGGUGUGGCCUCCUCUACAUCGGCGAGACCUGACGUAGAUUGGGGGACCGCUUCAUUGAACACCUACGCUCCGUCUGUCACAAUAGACAGGACCUCCCGGUUGCCACUCACUUCAACUCUGCCUCUCAUUCCCAUCUAGAUAUGUCCAUACAUGGCCUCCUCUACUGCCACGAUGAGGCCAAACUCAAGAUUGGAGGAGCAACACCUCAUCUACCGUCUGGGUAGCCUCCAGCCUGGUGGUAUGAACAUUCAAUUCUCCAGUUUCCAGUAAUUCCCUCCCCCUUCCCCUAUCCCAGGUCCCUCUCUACCAUUUCAACUUUCUGCUUCUUUAUCUCUACAGUUCUUUCAUGCUUAUCCCCUCCCCUUCCCCCUUUAUCUUUCCUCUGGGUUUUCACCUGGCGCCUCUAGGCCCUACCCCUUCCCCUAUCUCUAUUACUGGGCUUCAGCUCUCUCUUCCACCCCAUUCCUGAUGAAGGGUCUCGGCCUGAAACGUUGGCUACUCUUUUCUCAUGGAUGCGGCCUGACCUGCUGAGUUCUUCCAGCGUUGUGUACGUAUUCUUUGAUCCACAGCAUCUGCAGUUGUAUUUUUAGUGUAAUGAUUUAACCUGCAUGAACAGUAUGCAGGUACACGUGACAAUAAUAAACCAAUACCAAUACCAUUCAACCCUUCCAGUCUGCUCUGUCAUUUGAUCAUGGCUGCUUUAUUUUCCAUCUCAACCUCAUUCCCCUGACUUUUCCCCAUAACCUUUGACACCCAUGAAAAGACACAGGAGGAGAAUUAGGGCCAUUCAGCCUAUUAAGUUUGCUCCACCAUUCAAUUAUGGCUGAUUUAUUAUCCCUCAUAUUCACCUCCUUCUCCCUUUGAUGCCCUUACUGAUCAAGACACUAUCAGCCUCUGCUUUAAAUCUACCCAAUGACUUGGACUCUAGAGCCAUUGGUGGCAAUGAAUGCCGUAGAUCCACCACCACUGGCUAAAGCAAAUCCUCAUCUCUGUUCUAAAGUGACUCCCCUCCAAUCUGAGGUUGUACCCUCUGAUCCUAUACUCCCCCACUAUACAUGAGCCUCCUCUGGACCCAUUCCAAUGCAUUAUAUCCUAUAUAUCAAAGAUAUAUAAUAUUUUAUAUUAUAGUCCUCUUGGAAUGAAUGCUAACAUCACAUUUGCCCUCCUUACAACCGACUCAACUUGCAAGUUAACCUUUAGGGAAUCCUGCACGAGGACUCCCAACUCCCUUUGUACUUCUGAAUUUUCUCCUCAUUUAGAACAUAGUCUAUGCCUUUAUCGUUCUACUGAAGUACAUAACCACACACAUCCAGCAAGAUGGCAGCACAUUCAAUCACAGUGGCUUCUACAGGGUCAACCAAAGGUGUAUGUCUUUUUAAACAUUUUUUCAUGAUACAAGACCCUGCUGGAUAUCAAAAAUUUAAAGUUCUGAAAGUCUACCCCAUCAGAGAGACUGAAACAACUGGACUUGUGCAGAUCUUGCUGUUGCUUGCGUCAGAAACGUAAGGCAGUAUGCAGUCUAACAGUGAGUGAUCAUCUUAAUUGCUCUGCUUGCAAUAACAAGACCUGGUUUGGCAUUGUUGAUUUACUGAUUUAUUGGCGGUCAAUGGGGGAGAUGUGUGGCCUCAAGCCCCAGUAUUGCUUGUUUACAGCCACCAAGGAGAGGGGUGUUGGAGUCAGUGGGCUCCAGUGGAGCAGUACGGUACUGCGUCCAAGCUGAAAUCAGUGCUGCCUCCCAGUGCCCGCUUGGCAGAAGGCAGGCUGUAUUGUGUUCAACUGCAGACUGCUGCAACAUCCAUGGACUCAAGAGUCUAUAAUUUUUUUUGCAUGUGUCUUUAUUUUACUGAAAUCUAUAUGUGCCUUGUGCUGUGUGUGACUGUUGGUACUGUGUUUUGCACCUUGGACCUGGAGUAAUGCUGCUUUAUUUGGUUUUAUUCAUGUAUAGUUGAAUGACAAUUAAAUUUGAACUUCAGUUUAGAACCAUAGAACAUUAUAGCACAGUAACAGGCCUUUUGGCCCUUCUUGGCUGUGCUGAACCAUUUUUCUGCCUAGUCCCACUGACCUGCACCUGGGCCAUAUCCCUCCAAACCCCUCUCAUCCAUAUACCUGUCCAAGUUUUUCUUAAAUGUCAAAAGUGAGCCUGCAUUCACCACUUCAUCUGGCAGCUCAUUCCACACUCCCACCACUCUCUGUGUGAAGAAGCCCCCACAAUGUUCCUUUUAUACUUUUUCCCUUUCACCCUUAACCCAUGACCUCUGGUUUUUUUCUCCCCUGGCCUCAGUUGAAAAAACCUACUUGCAUUCACUCUAUCUAUACUCAUCAUAAUUUUAUACACCUCUAUCAAAACUCCCCACAUUCUCCUACGCUCCAGGGAAUUAAGUCCUAACCUAUUCAACCUUUCUCUGUAACUCAGUUUCUCAAGUCCCAGUAACAUCCUUGUAAACCUUUAUUAAUAUCUUUCCUGUAAUUAGGUGACCAAAACUACACACAAUAUUCUAAAUUCGGUCUCACCAAUGUCUUACACAACCUCACCAUUAAAUUCCAACUUUUAUACUCAAUACUUUGAUUUAUAAAGGCCAAUGUACCAAAAGCUCUCUUUACAACCCUAUCUACUUGUGACGCCACUUUUAGAGAACUAUGUAUCUGUACUCCCAGAUCCCUCUGUUCUACUGCACUCCUCAGUGUCCUACCAUUUACCUUGUAUAUUCUACCUAGGUUUGACCUUCUGAAGUGCAAUACCUCACACUUGUCCGCAUUAAACUCCAUCUGCCAUUUUUCUGCCCAUUCCUCCAACUGGUCCAAAUCCCUCUGCAAGCUUUGAAAACCUUCCUCACUGUCCACUAUACCUCCAACCUUUGUAUCAUCAGCAAAUUUGCUGAUCCAAUUUGCCACAUUAUCAUCGAGAUCAUUGAUAUAGAUGACAAAUAACAGUGGACCCAGCACUGGUCCCUGUGGCACACCACUAGUCACAGGCCUCCACUCAGAGUAGCAAUCCUCCACUACCACUCUCUGGCUUCUUCCAGUGAGCCAAUGUCUAAUCCAAUUUACUACCUCUCCAUGUAUACCUAGCGACUGAAUCUUUCUAACUAACCUCCCACGUGGGACCUUGUCAAAGGCCUUACUGAAGUCCAUGUAUACAACAUCCACUGC